GGCGGGCCAGCACAUGCAGCUCUCGGGCGACCUAAAGCCGGUCGUGUCCGUCGCGGCGCAGCAGGGCAUGUACUUCAAUCAGCAGCAGUCGCAGAACCAGGCCGGGCCGCCGGCCAAUCAGGCCGACACCUACUGCUCGGUCUCGCAGUCCCAGACCAUCAAUUUCACCCAGCAGAGUUUGAGGCAGCGGCAGACCGGCGGAGUGCCGCAGCCGGGCGCCGCCGGCCCGGGGGCGCGGGGCCAUCCGCAGCAGGUGCCGCCGGGCCAGGUCGACCAGCAUCAGCACGCGAAGCUCCUCCAGCAGCAGCAGCAACUGAUGCGCGCGCAACAGGUGAUGCAGCAGCAACAGCACAUGGCGGGCGGAAUGGGAGGCGUAAGGCCGCCACCACCCGAAUACAAGACCGCAGCCCAGGCGCAGAUGAUGCACGCCAGUAUCGGUAUGGGUCAGCAAGCGAGGUUCCCCAAUGCCGGGACCAUGCGCAGAGGGUCCAUGCAACAACCUAUGCCGCCGUCGGGUCCAAUGAUGAGGCCGCAAAUGACGCAGCAGCAGCAGUUACACGCGGCCGGCGGUAACGUGUACAUGGGCGGCGCCGGGAUGGCCGCCAUCAGCGGUAUGCAUCAGAUGCAUCGGCUAAACUACCCGAGGACCAACAAUCAACGGCCGCCCAAUGUCAGCGUCGGCCCUCCGGACGGCCUUGGGAACAGCAUCGCGGGUCGCGGCGUCCAGCAGGAGUGGCGGCACGUUUUGAUGCAGCAGCAGCAGCAGGGCUUUCAGGCGCAAAUGCGCUCGCAAUUCAACCAGCAGAGUCACCAAGGUGCUUUCGGCAUGGGCGGCGCGGGCGGCGCGAUGCAAAUGACCGCGGCGCAGAUGCAACAUCAACAGCUAAUCCGCUCGCAGAACGGCGGUAUAGCCGGCUCGGGGAUGGCCAACAGCACGCAGAUGCAGCAGCUGUUGACGCAGCAGCACCAACAACAAACGCUUGCCAUGCAGCAGCAGAACAACAAUCAGAUGUCGUUGCAGAUGCAAAUGUCGCAGACAACGUCCGUCAACUCGGUUAACGUCCCCGGGACCGGUUCUCCCCUGCAUCCGCAUCAGCAGUACGGCGCGGGUAGCCCGGGAGUGCGCACUCUACCGCCACCUCAGCAGCAGCAUCCCCAGCCGCCACCGCCGACCGCCACCGCGGACCCGUCCGUGACGGCGCCCGACUUCACCCUCGAAUUCCUGGAGAACCUACCCACGGGAGACACGUCGAACUUCAGCGCCCAGGAGCUGCUCAACUCCCUCGACUCUACGGCCGGUUUUAAUCUCGAUAUCCUGUAAUGGGACCACGCCUGCCGCGUGGUCGGUUCAGAUGUCGGUGUCCGACGGCAUGCCGGUUUUACUGCGACGGCGGGCGAGUGAGAGACCCCCGACCGUCCCCCUAAAGUAUACACCUGGCGCGACGGUACCGACGAAUUUCACUUCGUCCGUCCGCGUAUCGACCUGCCUCCCGUCGUCGCUUCUCCUCGUUGUAUCAAACGAAUCGACUUCUCCGCCGGUACUCUCUCGCAAGGAAGCCGUCGACCCGCGAAUGUCCCUUUUCGACAUUCGAGUCUUCAGUGUUUGCGACUGGAGGAAGGCGUUGUCGGUUAAACGAGACGUUUGAUUCAAUCGAGUCUCGCGCGAGUUCUAAGAGGGAACGAUGAUAAAACUGCUGAUACUAGAGAAAUUUGAACCGACUCUUUUGAACUUGACGCUGAGGGAACGGGCGCAGGUUGAGCGACAUGCAGGUACUUUGUUAUAUUUGAGGACUGACAAUUGUGAGUGACAGUUACCCACCGGUGCGACAACGUCCCACAGCCGGUCGUAGUGCAUUCUCGGCCGCCGCUCACUGCGGCCGCCGACUAUUCUUCUAGGCAAUCACAUUUUAGUAAAAUUUAAUUUUGUAAUAAUAACCGCCCGAAGGGGGCGAGGGGGGAGAGUUUAGCCUGUGGAGACGUGGUAGCGUGGGAUAUCAAGAGGCACGUGGAAGUCGUUCUAUCUCUCGUUUUCUCGUCGGGCGACGAUACCGCGGCCUCGGGGAAGGGCGCGUAACGCCACAUCGAGAACGAUCGGAUACAUUUUCGAGUGCCCGCGUCGACGACUUCGGCAAAACUGCGAUGACUUCGACGGGCAUUCCGCGAGACGAUUAUCCGCUCUCUUGAUUUUUCACGUCGAAAUCCGCGCGAGUAGAUAGAGAUAUUGAUAUUGAUACGAGGGCCGCGAUCAUAGUAGAGUUUACCUCGACUGAACCUAUUCGGCCGCGAAAACUGGUUACCUUGCGCCGGCCCGCCGUUGCAGAGCGUCCAAGAUUCCCCGGACGGGCGGGCACGGCCGGGCGUUAAUACUUUAUAAGGAUAAUAAUGUAACAAUGUAACGAUUAUAUUAUAUUAUUACAUCACAAUAACGUAAUCAUAUGUCGUUAUAUUAUUACAUUAUUGUGGAAAUGAUAAUGUAGUAACGUAACGAUUAGAAGGUAGCGUAUUUAAUUGUGCCGUUAACGGCGCGUUUACAAUUAACAGCAAGUCAAUUAUCGAACAUUCAAUUUUAUGAGUUUGCGACGCGCGAGAUCGCGCGCGCGCCGAUCUGAUUGGACGUGUAUCGGAGAUUCUUACGACGAGAAGGAUGAGAAAAAGAAGAAACUUCCUCCUAAACUGCAUUGUUAGCGCUAAUACGAGAUAAAGGGAUUCUUCAUUGUACAUAGAUAUUAAAAGCUAGAAGGAAUUCGAGACGUUAAGAUCGCACACGGACACGCAAACACGUACACGCAUACACACACACAUAGACCCAGAGUUUAGCCGAUUAUCUAAGAAUAAGGAACCUAAAAUAUAUAGACAAAUAUUAUAAUGAUGAAUAGUGAUUAACGACGACGGUAAUGUGCGAGGGUACGCGAGGAAAUUAUGCGCGGCUGAGAGAGGGAGCGUGUGAUAAGAGACUUGACAAAAUGUAUCAGCGACAGAGCACAUUUGUUCACCGGUAUAUAUAUUUAUUAAGUUUCAAUACCGAAUGUGCUGUGUCGCGCCAUGUCGAAGCUGCACACAAAUUAAUCACGGUGAGGUGUAGAUUCCAUUUCCGAUCCGGCGAGAACUAUCCGUAUUUUCUAAAAGGGGCAAAUCGUCUCCCCCGGAAAUUCGCUUCGCGCGGAGUGUAUCGUCGAAAUGUUCAGCAUUCUUUUCCCCCCCUUUUUUGGGUUUUAUUUCGUCGAAUUAAAUCGUACGAUGACGCUCGUACGCUUUAUUAUCCGGAUCUUUAAGAAGUCACGAGUAACGAACGAUGUCUCUGAGAGUUUCCGCUCUGCGUCGGCUCGUGUGCGCGAAACUGUUAACGAUGUAUAAUAAAGUACAGUGCAGUCCGAUGCUGCAAGACAGGGCGAGGGAGAGCGGGAGAAGGAGAGAAAAGGGAAUCUGCGACUAUUCUUCCAAAUAGCGAUACAUUCCAUAGAUAACAAAAAAGAAAGGGAUAGCGAUCUGUGGUUCGUCUAAUCAAAAGUACUGUUUUUAAAAGGCAAGAGAAACGCACGACAGAAAGGAAUAUUAAUGUUAUAAUAUUAAGAGAAGCAGGCAUUGAAUCCCGCGCUUAUAUAUACACGCAUUCGCGAGAGAGCACAUCCUCGAGCCGUUCGCCGAAAAGUUGCGCGCGAAGACUUCCGAUCGGAUUUUAACUGUCGCCUGCCGCCGCGACUCUUCGCUAGGAAUUAGCGAGUCCCGCGCCAAGUGGAGAUUAGGAGAUAAUAAUAUUAAUAAUAAUAAUCGUUUUUUAAAUUUCUCUCAAUCGGGUGGGGUGACACUAUCCUGUAAAAUAUUGGGGCCACAAAACAUAAUCUAAAAAAAAGAGAGAGGAGGGGUGGGAGAAGGAGAGGAAGAGGAAGAUUAGAGGUCUGAUUCUCACGUCAAUACCUUUGUAAAAUCUUUACGAAAAACCGGCGAAAAUUCACCACAUUGCUUUGUCCGUUUUGUACGUUUCACGCGAGCGAGGGAGGAGAGAGAGAAGGGAGGGAGCGACGAGGAGGCCGAACUGCGCAUUGUUAUAGAAGAGAGAGCGAGAGAGAGAGAGAGAGAAAGAGAGAGAGAGAGAAAGAGAGAAAGAGAGAGAGAGAGAGAGCGAGAGAGAGCAUCAGGGACCAACCGAGAGAAACAAAGCGCGCGAUAUCGAUUGUCACAGUGGAUCGUUGUCUCUCUUCUUCGAGCGGAUUCGCGGGGAGGGAAGCAGUGCCUGGCGAAAACAAUUUGAGCCGUUUGUUACCGACUUGUUAGAAAAUUAGCCACGGUGUCAACAUUGUACGCUCGAGGGUUUGCGCAAAGAGGGGAACCCAUGGCACUUAUUAUUACGCAUAGGCCGACAUUAGGUGUACAUCGGUGACGCCGCAUCGUUGAAACGUUGAUCCUCUCUUUUUUUUUCUUCUUUUUUACACUGUCGACAGUCGAUCGUGAGGGAGCACACGAUACAAUCGAGGCGAAGGUUGCGACGUGUUGAUUUCUCGAGGGUGACCUUGGUUGGGACGCAUAUAUAUAUAUUCGUAUUAUUUAUAAAUAUUUAUAAAAGAAACAUUAUAUAUAACACGGGCAUUUCGUAUAUAGAAUAAAUUCCAUGUUGAAUUGUUAUUAAUAAAAAGCGUUGAGUUCCUACAAGAUA